UAUGGUAUGAAACUUUUAGAGAGCACGGCGGCUCAUCAUUUGGCUUUCAAUUCUUGAGGCACUUACACGACACUCACACAAAGGAAAUUGGCAUCUUGAAAUGUGUGGACAUGGGGCGUCAGUGGUUCUGCUGGCUUUGCUCAGUCUAGCAGCUGUCCAUCAGUGUAUCGGAGCUACCAGCUUCAAGCGGGUAUGUUACUAUACCAGUUGGAGCCAGUACCGGCCAAGCGGGGCGACGUUCCUCCCCGGAGACAUCGACCCCUACCUCUGCACCCACAUCAUCUACAGCUUCUACCUGUUCAACUGGGACACCUGGGAUCUCCGAGCUGAUGAAUGGAACGCUGCGUCUUUGAUAUCCGGUCUCACUGCGCUGCGCAAUUCCAAUAAGGAGCUGAAGGUUAUGAUAGCUGUUGGUGGAUUCAACUUCGGGUCCCCUGCGUUUUCCUACAUGGCGAAUACAACUGCCAGCCGAGCGGCCUUCAUUUCCAGCACACUGACCACGCUGUCCAGGUACAGUUUGAACGGCCUUGACCUGGACUGGGAGUACCCUGGGACCAGAGGAGGAACAGCUAAAGACAAGGAAAACUUCGCGUUGCUGUGUCAGGAGCUGAAACGUGCCUUUGAGCCCUAUGGUUACCUGCUGACAGCAGCCGUUCCUGCGGGAUACCAAAACAUAUAUGCCGGCUACAGUACCGAGGCUGCACAGUAUUUAGAUUUCGUGAACGUCAUGGGCUACGACUACUACGGUCCCUGGGAUGCUACAACGGGACAUAACGCACCGUUGUAUUCUCGGGAGGACGACCUCGAUAAGCGUUUUACUUUGACCGAAACCCUUCGUAUCUACAACCAAGAACUUGGGAUUCCAAAGUCAAAGAUAAUUGUUGGAAUGCCGACGUACGGACAUACAUGGACUCUGACAAACCCCUCCCAGACCGGUCCUAGAUCCCCCGGCACCCCCGGGCCAGCGACAACUUACGUGAAAACCCCAGGGGUCAUUGCGUACUUUGAGGUGUGCAACAAUAGCUCCUUUCAGCGGGUGUUUGAUGACGUCGCCCUCGUUCCAUACGCUGUGUUUGGCUCCAUGUGGGUUUCUUACGAUGACGUUGUAAGCAUCGCCAUCAAGACUGACAUGGUGAUAAACCAGGGGUACGGCGGCGUGAUGUUCUGGACUCUCGACUUGGAUGACUUCAAUAAUGUCUGUGGGGGAGGCAGAUUCACCCUCAUCAACUCCGCCAAGAACAGACUUCUGGAUGCAACACCAACAGCGUCUACUUCAAGAACUACUUCAACAACAACUCCUACAACCACUACCACUCCAACUACAACGUCUCCAACUACGACCACUGCAACUACUACUACUUCCACUACUACUACUACUACUACUACAGCUACUACUUCAACAAGGACUACAACAACCACUACCACUCCAACUACUACUACAACCACUCCAACUACUACUUCUACAACUCCAACUACUACUUCUACAACUACUACUACCACCACAACCACUACUACAGCCACUCCACCUACUAACUUUUUUACUGGAGAACCCUCGGACGAUGUUGAGUGUGAUUAUUAUACAGAUCCCUCUCAUGCAUACAACAGGUGGUGGUACUAUGCGAACCCUGAUGACUGUGGACAGUACCGUUUCUGUUUUGGAGAGGUUCUCUGCCUUGCUUUUAUGAACUGUCCGCCCGGCACUCUGUGGGACCACAUAGCUCUCACCUGCGAACACGCCGACAAGGUCACAUGUGCGUGUGCUGAACGAAACGACUAGAGCGCUUGUAAUUUAUUACCCUUUAACUUUAAACAAAUAUAAAUUUAUAGAAAACACUUACUAUACAUAAUAACAACCUGUGAAAUACAAAGGACAUGAUUAUUUUGAAACCAAAUUUCAUAAAUAAGUCUAGCAUACAUGUACACAAAUAAAAUUGUUAUGGUAACUGAAAAAAUGUCAAAUUUCCGCAAGACAAUAACACCUUAUGUUGCAAUUAGUCCCAUCUGAAGCAUAUCCAUUUAUCAAACAGCGCGUGUACCAGAAUUCUUGAAAACGUAUACCAAACACUGUUUUCACAUGGUAUGUUCAUGUUUAAUUCUUUAAAGAGGGGCUACGCUUUGGUCAUUGGGCAGACCCAGGAUGACUGAUUCAAGACGUUAAAUACCACUUUGUUUUUCCUUUGCUGAUUUGAAUAUCAACCACGCAAGCAGUUAAAUACACAGUCAACGCCACAGUGUCUGCUGUGGCACGAACAACAGCGCCAAGACCUAGAUAUGGAAGGAGGCCUUGAGGCAUAACCCCUCUUUAAAACUAGGUAUGUGAGUAGGCCCCGGGCCCAUGAUACAAGAAAUAAAUUCGUAAAUGUAAAACGUGUUUUCUCGUAAGAAUAAUAUAUAGUUACUUUCAGACAUUUUAUAUGUUUAUUUUAUAAUAUUUUGUAUUUUUAUGUGAUCAUCUUUGCAAUAUCAUUUAUGGCAUAAUGA